CCUCCCCGCCGCCCGCUGCGUCCGGCUCCCAUGUGUCUCCGAGCCCGCUGCGCUGCGCUCGCUCCGCUUCUCCGCACGCUUCGGCCUGCUCCUGCUGCGGCCAUGAGCACUGGCACUUUCGUUGUGUCGCAGCCGCUCAAUUACCGCGGCGGGGCCCGCGUGGAUCCGGCGGACGCCUCCGGCACCGAGAAGGCGUUCGAGCCGGCAACCGGCCGAGUGAUAGCCACCUUCACUUGCUCAGGAGAGAAGGAAGUAAAUUUGGCUGUGCAAGAUGCCAAGGCCGCCUUUAAAAUAUGGAGUCAGAAAUCUGGCAUGGAGCGCUGUCGAGUUCUUUUGGAGGCGGCCAGGAUAAUAAGGGUAUGUUUCACGUUUUUUCUCUUUCAGAGAUGUCCCCCUUGAGUUGCUCUGAGGGUU